CGUUACAACAACAAACAAGUUCAACACUGGUAAUUAGGAAAAGUAAGUAGUUCUUCACCUAAAGUUAAAAAUUUAAAUUUUUUAGCAAAUCGGAAAAUUUAAUUAUCGUGCUAGUUGUCUUCUGUUGUUCUCCGAUUUUGAUUAUGAAGAGCAUAUUUAGAAGCAGUCUUCUAUCCCACUGGACGUCUAGGAGAACACAUCCGAGAAGCGGUCUGCUGGAAAAUGUCGCUCGUUGCCUGAAUCAAUACUAUUCCUCUGAUUCCCGUGAAAGCCUUCCGCGUUAUCAGGAUGACACCAAUCGACGCACCGAUAUGUCCGGGGAAUUCCGUCAGUACCUGGGACAGAGAAUUAAAGCAACAGGCGCGAUUACUGUCGCGGAGUACAUGAAAGAAUGCUUAACUAAUCCCAUGUAUGGUUAUUACACUCGUAAGAAUCCCAUCGGCCGUCAGGGUGACUUCAUCACUUCUCCGGAAGUGUGCCAGAUAUUUGGAGAACUACUGACACUGUGGUGCAUUAACGAGUGGGCCAUAGCCGGAGCUCCUACCGCGUUCCAGAUUAUCGAACUUGGCCCCGGAUCUGGAAUUCUCGCGUCCGAUAUUCUGCGCAUCGCUUCCUCUUUCGCGCAAGUCAGAAAUCACUUUACGUUGCAUUUAGUGGAACGGAGCCCGGCGCUUGCCGGAGUGCAAGCGCAGCGCCUGGGCAUUGUAAAUGUUGAAAGGAAGAGUGAGGAUGCCGUUCCGUAUCAACACGGUGUCAGUCAGUACGGUGUGCCCGUAUCAUGGUAUCUGCGCAUUCAAGAUAUCCCCAAAGCACCGGCGUUUAUUGUUGCCAAUGAAUUCUUCGAUGCGCUCCCCAUUCACAAAUUCCAAAAAACCGAGAAUGGAUUUCGGGAAGUGAUGGUUGAUUUGAACCGUGAAAACGGCCAGCUAAUGUUCGCGCUGGCUCCGCAAAGCACGCCCGCAACGCGAUUGAUACCGUCCCCAUGUAAACACCGCGAUCAUCUGGAGUUUUCUUUGGAAUCCGCUGUAAUAUUGGAUGACAUUGCUGACCGGGUAGCGGACUGUGGUGGCGGGGCGCUGAUUAUUGACUACGGCCAUGAAGGCACAAAAGGAGAUACGUUUCGCGGAUUUCGGGAGCAUCGUGUUGUGGAUGCGCUAGACAGUCCGGGUGGUACGGAUUUGACGGCUGAUGUGGAUUUCUCGAUUUUGAAAGCAUUACUGAAACCCAAAGCUGUAACUUUUGGUCCUAUUCUCCAAUACGAAUUUCUUGCCAAUAUGGCCUUUGAACGAAGAUUUGACGCACUGAUGCGAGCUUGCCGAAGUGAUAGCGAAAGGCAGCGUCUUGAAAGUGCUUGUGAUGUGCUGAUAAAUCCCGCCAAGAUGGGUGGACAGUUUUUUGCUUUUGCUGUUGUGGGCAAAAGUAGGAGCUCGCUAGGACAGUUAUCUGGUUUCACGGCAAUCAAAACCGAGGGGCAAUAAAAAUUGUGAAUUCAUGGUACUUCCAAGUUUA